AUGGUGGAUUACGACGACAUCACGCACACUUUGUUGAUAGAGAAAAUAAAAAUACAGUAUGACUCGAAUAGCCAAUGGAACAAGUUUUUUAAAUAUAGCUUGAGGAACCCCCACUCGUUUGUGUACCCGGAGAGCACACACUUCGCGCAAAAUGGCGACUUCGAUUACUUCAGUAACGCUCUCCAGGCGAAGGGGUACAAACUGAACAACGUGAGUCCUUUGAACGGAGGCUACGGCGAGGAAAACGACCAGGAGAGGUACCUACUCGAGGUAGAAAAGCACGAAGGGAAAAACCUUGGCAAGGAUGAAGAUACACUAAACAGAAAAAUCGUGUGUCUCUUCAAAGAGAGCAUGUACUACUUCAUGAGCUUCAACGAUAAGGAUGGACAAAUAUUGGACAAAACCUCCAAAAAUUUACACAAAAAAGACAUAAAAGACAACAGUGAGUAUGAGCUUUUCAAAAGCUUAAGUGAUUGUAUUGUACAACUCCACGACACCAAAGUUCAGAAGCAUCAAGCUCUUAUCAUGACGAGUGACUUUUGUGGACUCUUCACUCCAAAGCAUGUAAAAUUAACAAAAUUCUCAGAUGGUUUUCUCAAUUUUUUGAAAGAAAAUGAUAUAAAAUAUAUGGAUUUAUUUUAUGAGGAAAUGCAAAGAAAUGAAUUUUAUAAGAAGAAGAAGGAGCAUUAUGAUUAUUUGAAAAAUGCUUCUUUCGUUCCUCUCACCAAGGGGGAAAUUUCCCUAGCUAAUAAGAAAAAGAAGCCAGAAAGGGUGUCUUGCAUUGGGGGAACGGAGCCUGUGGGGAAAAGCGACCGGGAGGGGGGUCCUCUGCAGGGGCAGUUCCCACGUGGGGGCGAUGCAGAAGAAGGCGGUGGAGAGGCCUCCUCCCCCCGAGGUGCAGUACUGCUUAAGGAGGACCAAGCGGCGAAGAAGAAAAAGACGAAGAAGAGAAAAAUGAGGGAUGGUUCAGACAAUGAGGAGAGUAGCGCAUGUGCACACAUGGGGGCGCUGGUGAAGGGGGAGGAAGACGCGAAUUGGGAAGCGCAGGAGAAAGAGAACGAUGGAACGGGCAAACGGCGCAGCAGCAGCGGAGGAGGAGGAGCCAAUCAGAAGAAGAAAAAGAAAAAGAGGAAAGAAGACGACACGAAGAAAAAGAAAGUUAAGAAGAAGAAAAAAAUGGAGAUCGAGGAGGGAACAACCGCGGGAGAGGAACAGCAGCUGGAGUUGGUGCUGUACGAAAACGGAGACAUCUGCAACUACCUGAACAUAAGGAGCGAAGACCGGGCGUUGGGUCAGGGGGCACACGGAGACGAAAGGGAAUACAAUAAUGAUGGCAGUAGUAAUAAUAACAGUAACAGUAACGGUAACAAUAACAGCAACAGUAACAAUCACAGUAGUAGCAAUAACCAGGGCGCAAAGCCAAGCAGAAGCCAAAGGAAGAACCCCGAUCAACACGCGAUCACCAAGAACGCCAAAAUUUUCCACAUGCUGAACAAGAGAGUAGCAUCCGAUGAAUACAUCUACAACGAAAUAAAGGGAGACUUCAUGAAGGAAAUAAACCUACCGAAUAAUUACAACUACGACGUGAAUGCAGUUCAAAUUUGCGAGAAGGAUGUCAAAAAUUUCUACCGCUGUGUCCUCAGACACAUAACCAAAAGAAAAGAAAAAAUAAAAAUUUAUUACAUAAUAACAAAUUUUUUAUUUUUUUAUGCCAAAAUGUACAAAAAUAUAAUCAGCUUUCAGGACAAUGUACAUAAAGAUAUUAAUCGAAAUUUCGAUUACAAAAGCUUGAUCAUACAAGGGAAUAUGCUCCCGCACAAUUUCUUCCUCCUAUUGAAAGCUCUCCACUUGAUGAGUCUCCAUGAACUUAUCAAAAAUUUUUAUCUCUCUGUAGAAUAUGACGAAAGGAAGAAUAAAUGUUUGCACUUUUUAAACAUAACGGAAAAUAAAUUUUAUGAAAAUUUCAAAAAAUUUGAAAAUAAUAUCAAGUCUAAUUUUUCUCAUGUACAUAAAUUCCUACAGAAUAUGAUUCCAAUACAUAAAUUUUUGAUAGUUAAGGGGAAGGUGUAUAGUAACUCUGAGCAGUCUACCUUCUGCUUUGAGAAUAAUGACCUUCUACAGCUGACUUAUAACAAGGCCACGUAUGACAAUAGGGGUGCCCUUGUUGUCUACGAGGGGAACAAUGACCAUGAGGGAAGGGGUAGUACUACUCAAGGGGGUGAAGCCACUAACAGGGAGGAUCCUUCACACAAUAGCAGCGGUGUGAGUAACCCAUACAAUGCGUGCCACUAUUUCUUGUAUGACUCGACGAAUACGCUGAGCUUGAGCAGGGGACCCGCUCACGUGAAAAAAGUUUACACUAUAAUUGAUGACAAGGAAAUGCAUAAAGUGGUGAAUGAGCUGGCGGACCUGAAUGACAAUUACACAAAAAAUUUAAUUCGAGAGAGGAGACUUCUCAUCAUUUGGGAUUCCUACGAAAAAAAUAAUCUCUUCCAAAAUGUGCUUUUCAGCGCACCCUUUUUCGAUACCUACAUUUCCUUAGUUUUUACCUUCUAUGUAAAUAACUACGUGAAAAAAUACGAACCCUUCAUUCACAUCCCCCUGUUCAAGCCGUCCUACUUGAACAUGCUCGUGGGGCACAUCAAAAGGAGGAAGCGCGAUCGCGAAAUGAAGGAGCAGCGUGCGCAGGGAAGACAGCACACCGUGGAUAAGAUGUGUAAGAACUUUUUCAGGAGCUCCCUGAAUAGUAUUCUCAACACCAGGGAGGAGGAGGCAGCUGUGGUGGAGGGAGCAGCUGUGGGAGGGGAGUCACCUGCAGGGGAACCAGCAGUUGGGGAAGCACCCCCGGUCAACUCCGUCGUAGCGAACGUCGCCGCUGCUAAUCCCGUCGUAGCGAACGUCGCCGCUGCUAAUCCCGUCGUAGCGAACGUCGCCGCUGCCAAUUCCGUCGUAGCGAACGUCGCCGCUGCCAAUUCCGUCGUAGCGAACGCCUCCGCUGCCAAUCCCGUCGUAGCGAACGUCGCCGCUUCCAACUCCGUAGCGUCCCCCCCCCCAGAGGGCCCCCUCAACAAGCACGAGCACGUCGUCGAGGAGGACCGCCUGUACACCGCGCAGACCAACGAAAAAAACAUCAUCGUGAACGAGCGCACGGCAAGAAAAAUCGAACCCAACGAUCUCAUCACGUGCAUAUUUGUCUUAAUCAAUGCCAACCACAACGCCCCCACGGAGGAGGAAAAGAAGGUCCGAGAAAUAACCUUGCAUGUCCUGAAGGCCAAAGAAAUGGAGAGUGCAAAUCAAAAAAACAAGUACGCCUUCAAAUACAGAAACAACAUUACCGACGCCAUAACCCUAAGCGAGAUAGAAGUGCGUAAAGGGGACUUUUCAAAAAUUUUUAUUUUUGGCAUUGUCUUAAGUAACGAUAUAUAUGGGUCCACCUUACAAGAAGACAUCCACACUCUCUACAGCUUGCAAAGCACUUUGCGUUGCAAGUACCCCUCGCGCAGGUUCCAAUUGGAGGCCCAAGUUUUUACCUUUUACUGGGUCUACGAGGUGCACGUGUACGGGUCCAUUUUUCUGAACGGAAGGCAGCGGAGCCACGCGCUCUCCAGGGUCGGCGAGUCCUACCGCCUGCCCUACAACGUGCAGUGGAAGAGCCACCCCCUGUGGGGCUACUACCUGUACAUUAUCCAAGACAGCAUCGAUAGUAAAUACUCGGAGGAGACCAUCUCCACCCUGCGGGAUGACCAGGGCAUAAACGUGCGCCUCUGCAGCGAAGAGUUCGACGUCCAAGUUGUAGAAACGGACAUCAAAGAAGUGCUUCACAUGCACGAUUUGGAAUUAAAAGAUCUCAAAAAUAUUAACAGAAAUAUAUUUCUUAACAUUAUUUUUUUGAUUGAAAAUGGACACCUGACGUACUUCAACUUCCACAACACAGAAAACAUACAAAUAAAUCAGAGGAACAAUUAUCUGUGUAUAAAGCUUUUUAAAUCGAAGGUAACUUUCCCCUCCUUCAGUUUGAACACCCCCCUGCUGAACGACUCCUGGCUCUCGGAUGUGCUUGCCAGCGAGCAGCCCCUCCCAUUUGAUGCCUACUUCUACAAAUUCUGA